CUUUCGAAAUCAACCACCAUGCUGCGGAAUGUGCUGCUCAUGGCUACGAGCGGUCUUGUGCUCUUCUCCAAAGAAUUCGUCAAUGCCAUUGCCCAGCCGCGGCUGAUCGGGUCGUUGCUCACGGCGAUCUUGGAGUUCUCGGCCAAGACCACGGGUGCCCCAGUUUCGUACAUGGAGUUUGCCCACGUGGCCGUGGCCGUCGUGACCAACGAGCACGCCAAAGUGUUUUGCGCCAUCUUCCUCGACGUGUGCGACGGCCCGAAAUUCGGCUCGUUCAUUGCCAAGGAAAUCCUGGCUGCGUUCGUGAAUGAAUAUGCCGGGGACCUCGGCAACAUUGGCCACAACCUGCGCGACUUUCACGGGUUCCACUACAAGAUCAGCGAAGUGAUCCGCGAGUCGGCGAAACCUAUUCUAGCCACCUUGCAGCAACACCGAGGCAUCCAAAAAGCCAUCUUGGUCACAGACGACACUGUCACAUAUGCCACCGUAGACGUCGACCACCUCGGCGUCCUCGUCAAUUUGCAGUCCCUUCGCACCCUUUCCGCCGACAUGAGUACGUGGCACGACGUAUAGAUUCAUGAGCCUACUGUAGUUGUUGUUUCAGUGGCAUUUGUGGGUGACAAUGCCAAAUCUGUGACACUGCAAACUGGACGCAACUGCAGUAUCCACGUCUCCGCCAUCGAAAACGCUACUUUGGUUGUCACGUACAAACAGAAUGGGGCCGCCUGUGUCGCAGCUAUCGACGACGCCAUCUUUAUGCUGCACCGAGUGUACCGUCUGAUCAACAACUUGCACCAUCACACGGCGGCGAUACCCGUCCACUAACCAACCCGUCAUGGUUGUCAUGUCACUUGGCUGUGAUGACAGUCAAGAAAAAUUGAUUUACUACUAUUGUGAAUUCGCUAUUAACUUCCAAAAAAAAUUCGCCUGGUUUGUCGAAUC